GCAAAAUCAAAUAACUAUUUAUUAAAAAAAAAUCAAAAUAAUAACUAUUUUAUUGAUUAUGGAAAUAUUGCUAUUGUUAUCGCCUUGUUGGGCUUACGUUAGAACAGCCCGAUCAAAAGUGAUACGAUACGAGGGCCAUGGUCCAUGGAAGUCAACUCUCAAGACCCAAGCGUUAACGUGAUCGAGCACCGGCCUAAAAUUUUGAUUCGCAGGAUCAUCCUACUGAUCAGAUCAAUCGGUCACACCUUGAAGAUGAAGGUGAUUCAUAUCCCUUGUUUGGAAGACAACUAUUCUUACCUGGUGAUUGAUGAGAACACGAAACAAGGAGCUGUAGUGGAUCCAGUUGAGCCGGAGAAGGUUAUUGAAGUUGCUAAAGAAAAUGGAGUUGAGCUUAAGCUUGUCCUAACCACUCAUCACCACUGGGAUCAUGCGGGUGGCAAUGAGAAGAUCAAAGAGUUGGUUCCAGGGAUUAAAGUUUAUGGAGGUUCUGUUGAUAAUGUAAAAGGGUGUACUAAUAAGCUGGAGAAUGGUGAUAAGUUAUCUCUUGGUGAUUCUAUCAAUAUACUCUCUCUCCACACACCAUGCCACACAAAGGGACACAUAAGUUACUAUGUGACUGGGAAAGAAGAAGAGGACCCUGUUGUGUUUACAGGCGACACACUGUUUGUUGCUGGUUGUGGCAAGUUUUUUGAGGGGACAGCAGAACAGAUGCAUGAGUCACUGUGUGUGACUUUGGCUUCUUUGCCAAAACCAACUAAAGUUUACUGUGGGCAUGAGUAUACGGUGAAGAAUCUGCAGUUUGCUCAAACAGUUGAACCAGACAAUGAGAAGAUAUCAGAAAAGUUAUCAUGGGCUCAGAAGCAGAGGCAAUCUGGGCUUCCAACUAUUCCAUCAACCAUUGAACAGGAAUUAGAAACUAAUCCUUUCAUGCGAUCUGAUCUACCUCAAAUUCAGGAGAAAGUUGGAUGCAAGUCCCCUGUUGAAGCAAUGCGUGAGAUAAGGCAACGAAAAGAUAACUGGAGAGGGAUUUGUGAACCCCGUCUUUAAGAGGAUAUCAUCCUUCCCUUUUCGUGCUUUGGCCUUUGGUUUGGAGAACACCGGUUUCAUGUUUACAAUCUAUUGUUUUUCUUCAAUUCACUCACACGGAUUGAAUAUUGAAUGAGUAUGCCUAAAAUAGGUAUCCUCAUUGCUUUAAAGUAGUCAUAUUACAUUUUUAGAUAUUUUAGUUUGAAGUGGAGCAUUUCAAUAUCUUUAGGUAACUGUUGUGCUACCUCAAAUACGAGUUGAAUAAACAUUUACAAUCAGUAUUUAGAUUGUAAUCGUACUAUUGACGUGCUGUAAUAGAUUGAUUGUAAAUGUGCUAAUGUUAUAUUAAAGAGCUGUGUAAUAAAACAUUAAAAUUUCAUGCUUGAUAUAUAUAA